AUGGUUGGAACUUCUGACGAGGUUGUUAUUGUGGAGUGGAUCUACAAGGAGGGGACUUAUCUACCACCCGUCUCUGUCAUGGUUCACAUUUGGGGUGUAGGGUCUACACCUCGCUCUCGUAGGGACUCUUCCAAGACUACAGAAGAAACACACGGUCCAGUUGGCAGGACUCAUGUGAUAUGUAUGGUUUCGGACUUCUUUUAUCCAAACAUGGGUGGCGUAGAGAGUCACAUUUAUCAGCUAUCUCAGUGUCUGAUCGAGAGGGGACAUAAGGUCAUCAUUGUCACUCAUGCAUAUGAGGACCGGAAAGGAAUCCGCUACCUCACCAAUGGCCUGAAAGUCUAUUAUUUACCUCUGAGGGUUAUGUAUAACCAGUCUACGGCCACCACCCUGCUGCAUACUCUACCUCUACUCAGGUAUAUCUUUGUAAGAGAAAGGGUUAGCAUUGUUCAUGCCCACAGCUCUUUUUCUGCCAUGGCCCAUGAUGCUCUGUUCCAUGCUAAGACAAUGGGGCUCCAUACGGUUUUCACGGACCAUUCACUGUUUGGAUUUGCUGAUGUCAGCUCAGUGCUCACCAACAAACUUCUGACGGUGUCCUUGUGUGAUACAAACCACAUCAUCUGUGUCUCGUACACUAGCAAAGAGAACACUGUGCUCCGAGCCGCCCUGAACCCUGAGAUCGUCUCUGUCAUCCCCAAUGCUGUGGACCCCACAGAUUUCACUCCAGACCCCCAGAAAAAGAGGACUAGUAAGAUAACCAUUGUGGUGGUCAGCAGACUGGUGUACAGAAAAGGAAUAGACUUGCUGGGGGGUAUAAUCCCUGAAAUGUGCCACAGAUACCCAGACCUGCACUUUCUCAUUGGAGGUGAGGGCCCCAAGAGAAUCAUUUUAGAGGAGGUACGAGAAAGAUACCAGCUUCACGACAGGGUUCGGCUGUUGGGUGCUCUGGAACACCGUCAGGUGCGGAAUGUCUUGGUGGAAGGUGACAUAUUCCUCAACACGUCUCUUACUGAAGCUUUCUGCAUGGCAAUCGUGGAAGCUGCUAGCUGUGGUUUGCAGGUGGUGAGUACCAGAGUGGGUGGGAUUCCCGAGGUGCUGCCUGAGGAUUUCAUCAUCCUGUGUGAGCCGUCAGUCAAAUCUCUAUGUGAUGGAUUGGAGAAAGCUAUAGAUCAGCUGAAAACGGAAAAAUUGCCCUCCCCGGAAGCCAUCCAUAACACUGUGAAGACAUUCUAUACUUGGAGAGAUGUCGCUGAGAGGACGGAGAAAGUUUACAAUCGAGUGGCUGAUGAAAUCGUCUUACCAAUGAAUGAGAGACUGGAGCGUCUUGUAAGUCACUGUGGUGUAGUGACGGGGACCAUCUUUGCCCUUUUUGUGGUAGCUAGUUUUUUAUUUCUCCUUUUCCUGACAUGGAAUACCCCGGACUCCCUGAUUGACAUUGCGGUUGAUGCCACCGGGCCAGAAGGAGCCUGGUCACGGAAAUCUAACUGUAAAAAAUCACGGAAAAAGAUAACCAUUGCAGACGGAGAAAACUAA